AUGCAAUUAGCUGUAUUUUCAUCGUUAGCAGUACUUUUGCUUUCGCGGUGUCUAAGUGCUUUGGUGGUGGUUGAGAAAGGAGACAAUCCAAAUAAUAGUCACAUUGAGAAAAGAGGAGCGUGGGAUUAUGAAACGAGUAUCACUAGGGGAUUGAAUUUAGGUGGAUGGUUUGUAUUAGAACCAUAUAUUACCCCUUCAUUAUUCGGGUCCUGGUUGUCCCCAGUAAAUACUCCACCUGAUGAAUAUCAUUUAACUAAGCAAUUGGGCAAAAAAGUUGCGCAGUUGAUUAUGGAGCAACAUUGGUCUUCUUGGUACACUGAGGCCGAUUUCAAAGACAUUAGCUUAUUGGGAAUUAAUGUUGUUCGUAUUCCAAUUGGUUACUGGGCUUUCCAGUUAUUGCCAGAUGAUCCAUAUGUUCAAGGUCAAGUAAAGUAUUUUGACCUUGCUUUGCAAUGGGCAAGAAAAUAUAAUUUGAAAGUGUGGGUAGAUUUACAUGGUGCACCUGGUUCUCAAAAUGGCUUUGAUAACUCUGGGUUAAGAGACAAGUUGGAAUGGCAAACUGGUAACAACACUCAAAUCACAUUGAAUGUUUUGAAUACAAUUUUUGAAAAAUAUGGAGGUACUGAGUACUCAGAUGUUGUUAUUGGCAUUGAGUUACUUAACGAGCCUUUAGGAACAGUUUUAGAUAUAGAGAAGAUUAAACAAUUUUACCAGGACGGAUAUAAUGCUUUGAGAAAGACGGGAUCAACGACUCCAGUCAUUAUACAUGAUGCGUUCCUACCAAUUGGAUCCUGGAACGAUUUCUUAACCGUUGAUAAAAAUGCAUGGAGCGUUGUAUUGGACCACCACCACUAUCAAGUUUUUACUGCUGGAGAAAUAGAGCGUACAAUAGACCAACACAUUUCGGUCGCAUGCAAUUGGGGAUGGGACACUAAAAAGGAGUACCACUGGACCGUUGCCGGUGAAUGGUCAGCAGCUUUGAACGAUUGUGCAUUUUGGUUAAAUGGUGUUGGUAGAGGUGCUCGUUACGAAGGUAAACACGACAAUGCUCCAUACAUGGGCUCAUGUGCUCCGUACUUGGAUAUUGCUACAUGGCCAGAGGAGCAUAAGACAAAUGUGAGAAGAUAUAUCGAAGCUCAAUUAGACGCUUUUGAAUAUAACGGUGGCUGGAUAUUUUGGAACUGGAAAACCGAAAGUGCUGGUGAUUGGGAUUUCCAAAGAUUGACUUCUCAUGGUCUCUUCCCACAACCUUUGGAUGAAAGAAAAUUCCCUAAUCAAUGUAAUUUCCCAAACCGCAAGUGA